CCUUGAUUUGAAAACAAAAAACAUAGAGGUUUUUGAAUCAGAUUCUCUUUCUUUUUUUCUUUUUCCUUUUCGUUUUGGAUAUACUCCAAUUUAAAGUGAGCUAGAAAAAUUCUCAAUUAAUGUUACGUGCUUUAAUUUAAAAAAAAUAUUUUUACUCAGCUCCACAUUAGUUAGAUGAACCAGACGUCCUACCAAAAAUAAAAAUAAAACUUACGAUUUAUAUUUUCAUAGAAAGUCAAAAAAGAUAAAAAGAAAAGCGCAUUUACAGAAAAACCUUUUAUUGUACUUUCUCAAACCAAACAGCCUCUAUGGUUAGUCACAAACUGUUAUAAUCGCGAAACUACUCCAGCAAUUAACGCUAGAAAUCUCGCCAGCAUUAACUCAGAUUAAUUGGACUCCAUUAUUAUAUCAGACUUGUCUCAAUCUGCGCUUUAUCUUGAGCGCGUCGAAUCGCCAUUUCGUAGUUUAUUAACCAGAAUCACGACCACACCACUAUUUUUAUUCAUCUAGAAAUCUCUAUGCUUUCUGCCUCUUUUUGGCCUUUCCGCGUCUUAAUUUGAAGGGGGUUCUGCGGAAAUACUCAAGGAAAAUGGCUGGCGGGGAAGGAGAAGGGACCAGCUUGGAGUUCACUCCGACGUGGGUGGUCGCCGCCGUGUGCACGGUUAUCGUCGCCAUUUCUCUCGCCGUUGAACGCUUCAUUCACUACACUGGAAAGUAUUUGAAGAAAAAGAAACAAAAGCCACUCUAUGAAGCUGUACAGAAAGUUAAAGAAGAACUGAUGCUGCUGGGGUUCAUAUCUCUUAUGAUGACUGUAUUUCAAGCCCGUAUAGUGAAGAUCUGUGUGAAUCCUGGUGUCAUGGAUGACUUCCUGCCGUGUUCACUGUCGGUGAGACCUUCCUCCGGUGGUGAAGGUUCCAACGCGACUCACAGUGCCCCCGAAGUAAGUGGGGCUCACCGGCGCCUGCUAGCCGAAGAAGCUGCUGUAGGUGGUUACUGUGCUGCAAAGAAUAAAGUUCCGAUGUUAUCUCUGGAAGCAUUGCAUCAUUUACACAUCUUCAUCUUUGUUCUAGCAAUUGUCCACGUCACAUUUUCUGUCCUCACUAUUGUAUUUGGAGGGGCAAAGAUACGGCAAUGGAAGCAUUGGGAAGACUCUAUAUCCAAAGAUAGUUUUGAUUUGGAUCAUGCUCUGAAACACAAGGUCACACGUGUUCAAGAUCAUGAUUUCAUCAAGAAGCGAUUUUUGGGUGUGGGUAAAAAUUCAGCCAUUCUGGGAUGGUUGCAUUCCUUCUUUAAGCAAUUUUAUGCUUCUGUCACCAAGUCAGAUUAUGCAGCUCUUCGACUAGGUUUCAUAACGACACAUUGUCGAGGGAAUCCAAAAUUUAAUUUCCACAAGUACAUGAUUCGUGCUUUGGAAGAUGACUUCAAGAUUGUCGUUGGCAUCAGUUGGUAUUUGUGGGUCUUUGUCGUCGUGUUCCUGCUGUUGAACGUUAACGGUUGGCAUACUUACUUUUGGAUUGCGUUCGUUCCCUUUUUCCUUCUGCUUGCUGUUGGCACCAAGCUGGAGCAUGUGAUUAGUGAGCUCGCCCACGAAGUUGCUGAAAAGCACAUUGCUAUCGAAGGUGAACUGGUUGUACGGCCAUCUGACGAUCAUUUUUGGUUCAGUCGACCGCAGAUUGUCCUUGUCUUGAUCCAUUUCAUUCUUUUCCAAAAUGCAUUUGAGAUAGCAUUUUUCUUCUGGAUUUGGGUUCAAUAUGGUUUCGACUCGUGCAUAAUGGGACAUGUCCGGUAUAUCGUUCCAAGGCUCAUCAUCGGUGUAUUCAUUCAGGUUCUCUGCAGCUACAGCACGUUGCCGCUGUAUGCUCUCGUCACACAGAUGGGAACGAACUUCAAGAAGUCGAUCUUUGAUGAGCACGUGCAAGCCGGCCUCAUUGGUUGGGCGCAGAAGGUCAAGGGAAAGAAGGGAUUGAGAGGCGCGCUUGGUGGUGGCUCAACUGAAGGAGGUUCACACGAGGGCUCGUCAACGGGAGUUCAGAUGGCCGGCUUUGGCCGUAGGGCGGCCACUCCGCCGCCGCCGCCGCCACCACCACCUAACGAAGUUCAGCCUGCUAAUGACUCGUAAGAAACGAGCAGUAUCCCCCCAAACUGCUGAUUUGCUAUUAUGACCAUCACCAGAGCAAGUAUAUAAAUCUCAUGUUACACAUAAUUGAAUUUUGAAGCUUGUGUUAAUUCCGGCAAUGGCGGCAAGCUUGCCGGAGUCCAUCGCCGUCUCACCAAACUGCUGGAAAUACUGACGCUUUCGGUUCUUGUAAAUUGGAUUUCUUUAGUGUUUAUUAUAUUUAUACUAACUCAUUUAAGUAGAAA